UGGUAGCGGAAAUGGCAUGGGUGGUAUUGGAAGCAUUUCUACCAUUGGAAAUCAUAGUUGGUAUGCUUUUCGUGAUGGGGAAUGCUCAGGACUUUAUCCACAAAGCCACCCAUGGCUGGUCGAAGCACAUCGAUAACGACAUUUGGGAUGUGGCCACGGAAAGAAGGGACAAGAAGCCCAUGGAUAUGCUAUCCUCUUCUUCUACUCCUAAUUAACAAUCUAACUUAGGAAGCAUUAUGGCCUAUCGGUGAAUUUUUGGAUCUCUUCAUGUUUUGC